AGACAUGUCGUCGGCGCCGUUGCAAUCGUCGGCGGCUGUCAUCUGCGGGGGUGAUAUCUAUAGGCCAUUGCGCCCGUAUAUCGUCAACAUAUGGGCAAGGGUGCCAACGUUAAGUUACCUUUGCAGCCGCUCUGUUGACAUGCACCGGCCCAAAAUAUGUAUGUCUCAAGAAUCUUGACGGAUAAAUUAAAUAAUCAUUAAAUUAUGUUUUGAAUCAUCCAAAACACUUGUAUUAGCGAAUAAAAACGGAACAUGAGUGGGGCAGUUUACGGUGGCGACGAAGUUGGGGCCCUUGUUUUUGAUAUUGGACACAACACCUUACGUGCCGGUUAUGCCGGCGAAGACAGUCCUAAAGUUGACAUACCAACCACUGUUGGUGUUUGGUUGGACUCUGAAGAUGAUACGCCCAAACAAAAUUACAAUAUUGGAGUUUUGGCCAUCCAUGUCCGAAGACAAGGGAUGGAACUUUCUACAUUCCUUAAAGAGGGUAUGGUCGAAAAUUGGGAUAUGUUCGAAAACUUUUUGGAUUACAUUUACAACACCGCACUUAGAGCAGUUCCGAGAGACCAUCCAAUACUUCUAACAGAACCUCCAUGGAUUACUCCAGCAAAACGGGAGCAAAUGGCCGAACUAAUGUUCGAAAAAUAUAAUAUUCCAGCGUUAUAUCUGGCUAAAAACGCCAGUCUUGCUGCUUAUGCUAACGGCAGGCCUACAUGUCUUGUAGUUGAUAGUGGCGCUACACAUACAUCUGCUGUUCCUAUCCAUGAUGGUUACGUUUUGACACAAGCUGUGGUAAAAUCUCCUGUAGGUGGAGAUUAUUUAAGCAAUCAGUGUCGAAACUUCUUAAUGGAAAAGGGAAUUGAAAUCGUUCCUGCUUGUAUGGUUGGUUCUAAGGACGUAGUUAAAUCUGAUGACCCCCCAGUUUGGAAACGCCGGUUUACAGCGUCUAAUUUAACAGAAUCUUGGAUGAACUAUAUGGUAAAGGAAGUAAUGCAAGACUUCCAGUCAUCUGUCUUGCAAGUUUCUGACAGUUUGUAUGAUGAGGAAAUCAUCAAAUCUAUGCCCGCAAAUCAUUAUGAGUUUCCUAAUGGUUUUCAUAAAGAUUUUGGUCCAGAAAGAUUUAAAAUUCCUGAACCACUAUUCAAUCCAGUUGGAGCAAAGGCGGGAAUACAGCAACCCAUUUUAGGAGUUGGCCCCUUGGUUACAACUAGUGUUGGAAUGUGUGAUAUUGACAUUCGACCAGCUAUGUAUGGCAGUGUCGUUGUGACUGGAGGUAACUCAAAUUUACAAGGAUUUACGGAGCGGUUAAAUAGAGAUUUGGCAGCCAAAACUCCUCCGAGCAUGCGAUUGAAAAUAAUUAGUGCUCCUGGUGCAUCCGAAAGGAAAUUUGGAGCAUGGACCGGAGGAUCUAUUUUGAGUUCGUUAGGAUCAUUUCAGCAAUUAUGGGUCUCCAAACAAGAAUAUGAAGAAGGAGGAAAAGCAGUUGUUCAAUCUAAAUGUCUCUAAAUAACUCGAGCGCAUGGUAAUUCCUCAGUAUUACUAAUUCUUACUUUAUAGACUGAACAUUAUUUUUAUAAGGUUGUGAUUUUAUAGCAAUAUUCAAAUUAUUUUAAAUACUUUGUUCGUAUGACUAGUAAACGACUGAUCUUAUGUAUUAUACCAUAUAUUGUAAUAUUAUUUCAAAUGAUGAUUUUAAUAAUAAUUUUAUUGGAAAAUUAUUGGUCUUCAAAUUAGGUAGUUUUGAAUUUUGGUGGUGAUUUAAGUUAUAAAUCUGUUUGUGAUAUAUGUUGUAUGUGACGAUAUCUAUAUUGUGGUUCCUAUUAGAGUUGAGUUUCCAUUUAGAUUAGUUUUUAUUUAAUUUAUGUUUUGCACAAUGAGUCUAAAUAUGUGCCAAUUAAUAAAUAUA